AAAAAGAAAAAGAAAACCGUAACACUAACACCGCACGUGAUAACCGCCGCCCCCACCUCUUUUUGGUUUUUUACCUUCUUCUCUGCCGUAGCAAAGCAAUUUCUAGGUUUUGUUUUAAUUUUUUUCCCCUUUUCUUUCGUCGCCGGCGAGGUGGUCGCCUUCCUUUUCUUCGGCCGACGAGACGUCUUUACGGAGCCUCUUUCCCCGCCCGUCGACGGGUUCUCGCUGUUGGGGUAAAAAAGAAAAAGGUGAAAAAGGUGCUAGAGGAAGAGAUGUUCUUCUUGAGUGAAAUAGAACACACACUGCGACUGCCUCCUUAUCUCCUGAAUCGGCCUCUCAACGAAGCUAUUAAAGGAGAGCUCGACGCUCUUUUUCUAGACAAGGUUGUUGAAAAGCUAGGGUUAUGCGUAAGUGUGUAUGACAUUCGAUCCAUAGAUGGAGGAUUUAUAUUCCCUAGCCAUGGCGCUUCAACUUAUACGGUAAAGUUCAGAUUGGUGAUGUUUCGUCCGUUUGUGGGAGAAAUUAUAUCAGCCCGCCUGAAAGAAUCUACAAAAGAUGGUUUACACUUGACACUUGGAUUUUUUGACGACAUCUAUGUACCUGUCCCUUUGUUGCCUGUUCCAAAUCACUCAGAACCUGAUCCAGAACAUAGUGAUGUAGUUUUGUGGACGUGGGAGUAUAGUGGGCAAAGUUUCCCAGUUGAUGGAUCAUCUGAGAUAAGAUUUAAGGUUCACAGCGUAGCUUAUCCACCUGUACCAUUAGAACAAGGAAAAGCCUCAGAUGAAAAUGAUUCGGAGCAAAAGAUAGUAAAGCCAUUUGCACCUAUGAUGAUCAUUGGAUCUAUUGAUUCAGAUGGUUUAGGCCCCUUGGCUUGGUGGGAAUGAGAGAGAGAGAGAAGAGAGAGAGAUCCAGAGGUAUUAUAGUGUGUUUGGACAAGUUUUUGGUUAAAUUUAGGGCAUUACAUAUUGAUAAGAAUUAAAUGCUUAAUGAAAUUAUAAUAUUAGUGGA